AUGAUCAUAUAGCAUAAAAUAUACUCAGAUUUGGAAGAGUUUGAGAAUUCUGAAUUAUAUAACCAUUAAGAUUUAUAACUAAACUUAAGAGGUUCAUCCAAAAAUAGGCUUGGAUUUAAAAUGAAACAAUUCUCUUCAAUUCUUUAGAAAUGCAAAAAUAUUAAGACUUUCAAUAUUGAUUUAUCGGCAAAUUACAUAAAUGGAAAAAAUUUACCUUAUUUUACUGAUGCAUUAAUGGAGCUUUAGAAAAUUUCAUUGCUAAAAUUAAGUUUAAACUGUAACCAUCUUGGAUUUAGCGAUAUUGCUGAAUUAAGCAAUAGCAUAGCGAAUUUAUAGAAUUUGGUUUCUUUAGAUCUUGAUUUAAGUUAAAAUAAGAUUGGUUCACAAGAUUUAUCUAGUUUAGAUUGCAUUUUUAAAUAUUGUAAGAAUAUAACUAAUUUAGACUUUAACUUCCGUAUGAACAAGAUAUAUAGUGAAGGGAUAUACUAUUUGUGCUCUUCAUUAGUAUAAUGCAGUAAUCUCACAAACUUAGCAGUCAAUUUUGGUUCAAAUAAAAUUAACUAAAAUUGUGGAGAUUCAUUUAAAGAUUUAGCUUAAUGUAAAAGUCUUUAGAAGCUAAACAUUGAUCUUAAUUUUAAUAAAAUCGAUGAUUUAGAAAUUAAUGAAUUAGCAGAUGUUUUAGCUAAUUGUAGCAAACUCUCAGAAUUAAGUUUAAAUCUUUCUGAUACAUAAAUUAGCAGUAAAGGUGUUCAUUAUCUAGGUUCUGCUCUGAAAUCUGUUGGGCUUCUUAAAUUCUAGUUACUUUUAAGAAAUUAAAGUUAUAGAUUAGACUCAAAUAUACUCUAUAAUAUAAGUGUUUGUUUGAUUGAAUUCAAAAAGCUACAAAAUCUAAAACUUAGUUUAACAGGCUAAAAUGAAAUAAAUGAGCAUAACAUAUCAGAGUUUAGUUUGGUUCUACCAAAAAUUAAAAAUCUUAAUGUGUUAGAUGUUGAGUUAAAAUCUGAUUUGAUUUCUCCAAACAAUACAAUUUAGUUCGCUAAAGCAUUGGAACAAUGCAAAAACUUGUAAUAACUCUCACUUGAGUUUAAAACUCUUGAAUCAUAAGAAGUAUUGGCCUUGUUCUAAUCUUUAACACUGUGCAAAAAUCUCACUAAUUUGCAUAUUAUUUUAUGGAGUAAUGGUAGAAAUCCUGAAGAUUUAACUGUGUUGUUAACUAAAAUAAAAGAAUUUUAGAAUAUUUAAAUUCUAAGAAUUUAGUACAUAUCAAAAGGAUUUUUCAAAGAUUCUGAAACUGCUUAAAAAUUCAUAAGAAAUACUAUGAAAUUAAAUAGAUUAGUGAAGUGUUAUGUUUGGUGA